AUGUCGAAAAUUGGGGAAUAUACAAUUCUCCCCAUCUCCAUCCCUCCUACGCCCGCAUACCCCAAGCAUACGACGCAUACCCUCUACCUCCGACUCCACGCCCCAAAAAUUCCCACCGAGAACGACGAGAGGAGUCUAUUCGUCGUUAAUGUGCCGAUAGACUCUAUGGUCGCGCAUUUCCGCGCUGUAUUUGCCAGUCUGACUGGCGCGGGACGAGUCGAGGAUGUGACAUUCGAGCACGAGCGAAGAUGUGCGGUGCCCAGCAGAGAGGUAGCCCUAGUCGGGAAGGCCAGCAAGAAAAGGAAGAGGGGAUCAGAAGGCACAGAGGACAACGGAGUCGCAGAAUUACCACAAAUCUGGGAUCGAGAAUUACGACGGAGCGGCAGCACAGCCGUGGUACUUUUCGUUGAUGCGAAAUCCGUCAAAUCGGCUCUGAAAGCUGUGCGGAAGCUGCAUAAAUCUUCGAAAAAGGAGAAGGGUAGGGAUGGUGCCUGGCCUAUAUGGGGAGCAGGAAUUGAGGGGAAGGUGGCGAAGUUGGGGAGCGCGAGGUAUUUGGCGCAUCAGAGGUUGCAAUAUCCGGAUGAGACGGUGUUGAAGAUGAAUGUGGAUGCUUUUAUGACGGAGUUUAAUAGGAUGGAGGAGGAGAGGGCGAAGAGGGAGAAGAGGAUGAGGAACGUACCCGAUGAGGAUGGGUUUGUUACUGUGACUAGAGGCGGGAGGACGGGCCCGGCGAGGAGUGAGGAGGCGGAGCAGAAGAAGACGGAGAUGGCGGAAAGGGAGAGGAAGAAGAGGGAGGAGCUUCAGAGUGCAGGAUUCUACAGGUUUCAGGUGAGAGAACAGAGGAAGGCGGAACAGGGGGAGUUGGUCAGGAAAUUUGAGGAGGAUAGGAAGAGAGUUGGUGCUAUGAAGGAAAAGAGAGGACGGUUCAGACCGGAGCGCUGA